ACAGUGUGUUACACUAUCGUGUAACGUAAGUGAUAGGGAAAAGUCGACUGAUUGAUUGAUUUAAUCGCAAUAAGUGAACUUAGAAUAUUUACUAGAAUUGGCUGAAUAUUUUAUAGCGAAUGUUUCGAGAGGAAACUUCAUUUUAGUAGAACGUAGAGGCUGAGGUUGACAAUUAUUUCAAGAUCAGCUUUGUGCAUCAUAAAUAGUUCAUGAAAUAAGUCCAGGACACGUAAAAAUGGCUGAAGAAAUGACUGAAGAAUCACUAUCACUGCAACACAAGAGGGAACGUAAGGAAUUGCAAGCACAAAUUCAAACGCUAAAAAAGUCAAUUUGCAAGGGAGACAAGAAGAAGAAGCGAGAAGUGACUGAGGAGAUAUCGAGAAUGGAGUCAGACUUGGAUAGGCGCCAGGAAGAGGAAAUGAUGAAUUUCAAGUUGUCCCAGGUGACGGUGACAGGAUUGCCAAGUGAGACUAUAAUUCUCCCCGAGGAAGACGACGAAGGGGACAAAAAGGAAGAUGCAGAGGUUGGGCACAGAAUCUCCAAGGCCCAGAAGAGACGGGAGAAAAAGGCUUUGGCCGAGAGGGAAAGGAACGAGAGAAUUAUCGAGCAAGAGGCGUUGAACGUCUUUGGAAAAAGGAACAUGGAGACUCAGGCUAUCAAGAAGAUGCUAGGGGAACGAAAUCUUAUGCUGUAUGAGAUCCCUAGUGAUGGCCAUUGUUUAUAUAAUGCAGUUGCCCAUCAGUUAAAAAACAUUGGUGACAUACCACUCGGGCUACAAGAGUUACGGACUAAAACAGCUGGUCACCUCCGAGAAAAUAUGAAUGAUUUCCUUCCAUUUCUGUCGAAUCCAGAUUCUGAGGAAUUAUUCUCACCUGAACAAUACGAGAAAUACUGUGAUAAUGUGGCUAGUACGAGUGCAUGGGGUGGAGCAAUAGAACUUCAAGUACUCUCAAAAGUUCUCAAAUGCCCAAUCGAAGUGAUUCAGGCAACAGGCGCACCCUACAUCGUUGGAUCCGAGUUCGAGAUCAGUCGAAAAGUUACAGUGACAUAUCACCGCCAUAUGUACGAGCUAGGGGCUCACUACAACUCUGUAACUAAAUUUGUCAAAGACGAAGAAAGCUGAUGGCUUAACACGUAAAUUUAAUGGUGGACUGGUGAAGUUGGGUGAGUCCUGAAGCAAUCCGUGUUUGGUCGAUAAAAUUUCAAAUUUAUUAGAACUCUCGUUGCUAAAAUUGAAAGCGUCGAGAGGGAUUUUGAUCAAGAACUAAAUAAGGUGGACUCGUCUCUCUUCUUGACUCCUGUGAAUGUUGUAUUUUAAUUGCCAAUAACUACAAACUUCUCUCGUACAUCACUACUGCCGCAUAGAGCUCUUAGUGAGAAUUGGCCUAGGUUUACGUUAAAAAGAUCUACUUCAGUUACCAAUAUUUCAAAUUUUAUUACCCAAUGGAGGAAUUCGUUCAUAUAUGUUUUCAAGGAAAUGGAUUAAGCUCAAAUGAGUUCAAUUAAGAACUUCAAUAUAAUUAUCGAUAGGAAUUAUCGAAUUAUGUUGUUUGAUGGAAUAUCAAUAAUUUCGGAUAUCAAUACUUCUCCAAAUUGUGCCACAAUUUCGAAUAAAAUAUUGUAAUAGAUUCCACAUGAUUUGCAAGGAAAAAGGUUCUGUUAUUGUUUUUAAUGCUCCACGAUUGAAGAAUGCUAAUUUCUUAUUUGUAGAACAAAAUAUUUUUUAUUCAAAAAUUUUCCAAUCAGUUCAGUUUAUUGAAUUGAGCAUCAUUUAAAAGCAGAUACUGUUUUUUACAUCGUGUUAGGUUGAGAACUUUUUAAAUGAGCGAAAAUUCAUCAAUUGACGGUAGUUAAUGCUGAGAAAAGUCAAUGGAAAUGCUGCCACUACGUAUUGAAUAGUACAUUAAAUUCUCAUUAAUGUUAAGAAUCAAAUUAAAGGGAGGAAAAAUUUAAACCUCAAAAAAAUGAAAAUCAGAGGUGCACUGACUUAGCAUUAAAGUAUUUUUCAACGAGAAUAACUAAAAUCCACGUCAGAAACUGCCAGAAAAAUGCAAUAUGCUAUUGAUGUGCAGAUAUUGGUUCAAGGUACAUCUGCAAUAACAUCGAAAUCAAAAAGGGCAAUUGAAAAUAAUACGAUUGAUCCAAACGCAUGAUUUUUAUUCUAUACUGUUAUCUGUGUGUAGAACUAAAACAAUAAAUCUAUUAUUAUGUGUUUUCA